AUGUCAACGUCCGCCGAGAUCGCCAGCACCGACGCCGCCGCCGCCCGCCCCGCCUCGAGCAACGAUCAGCACGUUAAUGGCGAGCACGAUGUCAAGCAGCCGGCUCUGAUCGAGACCACCACCACCACCGCGGCCGAGGGAGGAGGGCAGCAUGAGGAAGAGAAGCCGGCGCGGCGGCGCUGGCUGAACAUCCAAACGACGUACCUCAAGACGCGGUACUUCUGGUACGCGCUGGUGCUGGGCCAGGUGCUCGCGCUGUGCAUCACGUCGACCAACACCUUCUCGACGCUGCUCUCGCUCAAGGGCACGUCGAUCCCGGCCUUCCAGACCUUCUUCAACUACGUGCUGCUCAACCUCGUCUACACGCCCUACACCGUCUACAAGUACGGCUGGGGCGGCUUCGGCGCCAUGCUGCGCAAGGACGGCUGGCGCUACUUCGUCCUCGCCUUCCUCGACGUCGAGGGCAACUACUUCGUCGUGCUGGGCUACCGCUACGCGACCAUCCUCUCGCUGCAGCUCAUCAACUUCUUCGCCAUCGUCGUCGUCGUCGCCGUCUCGCUCGUCGUCCUGCGCGUGCGCUACCACGCCACGCAGUACGCCGGCAUCCUCAUCUGCAUCGGCGGCAUGGGCAUCCUGCUCGCGUCCGACUCCAUCACCGGCGCCGCCGACACGGGCGCCGCCGCGGACCAGCUCAAGGGCGACCUCUUCGCCCUGCUCGGCGCCGCCCUGUACGGCCUGACCAACACGUUCGAGGAGUUCCUCGUCUCCAAGCGGCCCGUCUACGAGGUCCUCGGCCAGCUCGGCUUCUGGGCCAUGUUCAUCAACGGCGUCCAGGCCGCCAUCUUCGACCGCCCGAGCUUCCGCUCCGCGACUUGGGACGCCGCCGUCGGCGGCUACAUGACCGGCUACACCCUCGUCCUCUUCCUCUUCUACAGCCUCGCCCCGCUGCUCUUCCGCCUCGCCAGCGCCGCCUUCUUCAACAUCUCCCUGCUCACCGGCAACUUCUGGGGCGUCAUCAUCGGCAUCCGCGUCUUCCACUACUCCGUCCACUGGAUGUACCCCAUCGCCUUUGUGCUCAUCAUCCUCGGCCUGUUCGUCUACUUCCUGUCCGAGAGUGUUCUGGGAGAAGCCAAGAAGCCGUGGCUGGGCGACGACCAGGACGCCGGUGUUUCUGGCCUGGGUACCGCCAAGAGGAUGCAGGAGAAUCCCGACGCCCUUGUCUAA